AUGGUGAAAAGCGCCAUUAACACCAACAAAGAAUCAAAACCACUUGUUUGUUGGUUACCCAUCAUUCUCAACCUGGUCUUAUCAAUCACCGGAGCCACAAAAAAAAAAAAACAAAACUUCGCGUCAUUUAUGGUGAAACCGGAGUCGGAAAAACCAGCUGAGACAAGUGAGUCCAAAUACAAAGGUGUGAGGAAGAGAAAAUGGGGCAAAUAUGUGUCCGAAAUUCGGCUACCCAACAGCCGGGAAAGGAUUUGGUUAGGUUCUUACGACACGCCGGAGAAGGCCGCCAGAGCUUUCGAUGCCGCGCUUUUUUGCUUACGUGGCCCGACGGCGCAGUUCAACUUUCCUGAUAACCCACCCGACAUUGUCGGCGGCCGGUCACUUACACCCGCUGAAAUUCAAGUCGCAGCGGCCCGUUUAGCAAAUUCGGAGGCCCGAAUUAGUCAAUCGAACAAUUCAUCUUCAUUUUCUGAAGUGCAGAUGGAGUCUCAGUCUCAAUCUCCAUCUCCAUCAAUUUCGGAUGGAGCACUUCAGGUGGAUAAUGAGAGGGCCAUGGAUCUGGACCAGACAUUUUUGGACCAUUACUCGACGUUGGGUCCAGAGAAUAAUGUAGCAGAUUUCGGUAUUUUUCCGGGUUUUGAUGAUCUCUCCGGUGAUUUUUGCAUGCCACCAUUACCAAACGUUGAUUAUGGAGAAGAGAACAAUGAUGGGUUCUCUUCGCAGGGAGGUUCAUUUCUCUGGAAUUUUUAGUGAUAUGUCUAUUUGGGUCUUAUUAGUUUUGCCAAAAAAGGGUCAGAAUUCUGGAAAAUUUUAGGUGCUAGAAUUACUGACAAUUUUUCACAAGGAAAUGCCUAUUAUGGUCCACAUUUUUUGUACGGACAUCUUUUUCUUUUGUUCAUAUUCCUUUUUAAGGGUACAAACUAGAAAUUCAAUAGUAUAAAAAGAUUGAAUAAUUUUUGGUGUUGUUUAUCAGAUG